AUGAAACUCGAUACUAGCAAUAUGCGUUAUAUGACGCCUGAUGAUUUCCGCGUCUUGCAGGCAGUGGAACAGGGCUCCAGAAACCACGAAGUGGUUCCCACCACUACAAUCCAUCAGAUCUCGGGGAUGAGAUCAGCAUCGGGCACAAACAGAUCUAUUGGUGAUUUAGCAAAACUCAAACUAGUCUCUAGAAUGAGAAACAUAAAAUACGACGGGUUCAGGCUAACAUACAACGGGUUCGACUACCUGGGCUUGAAAGCCAUGCUCAACAGAGAUACCAUUUAUUCCAUCGGAAAUGUGAUUGGUGUAGGUAAAGAAUCGGAUGUUUACCGUGUGAGUGCCAAGGACGGCACUCCCAGGGUUUUGAAAAUUCACCGUCUGGGGCGCACUUCAUUUACGACUGUCAAGAACAAUCGUGACUAUCUCAAACGCAACCAAACCGGGAAUUGGAUGUUCCUGUCGCUUUUAGCGGCCAACAAAGAGUAUCAGUUUAUGUCCCUCUUGCAUUCCAAAGGUUUCACAGUGCCGGAGCCUUUCGACAACUCUCGUCAUAUGAUUUUGAUGGAACUCAUCAAUGGCUAUCCAAUGAGAAGAAUGCGCAAGCAUAAGAAUCUACCAAAGCUUUACAGUGACCUCAUGAAGUUCAUCGUAAAACUUGCCAAUCACGGUCUAAUUCAUUGUGAUUACAACGAGUUCAACAUCAUGAUCAAGGAUGAGGUGACCGAUUCUGAUGAUUGCGGCUUUAUCGUGAUUGACUUCCCCCAAUGUGUAUCUAUUCAGCAUCAAGAUGCGGAGUAUUACUUCAAAAGGGAUGUUGACUGUAUACGCAAGUUUUUCGAGAAAAAGCUAAAGUAUGUCCCACAUGUUGAUGAAUCAAUGUUGGACGUCGACGGUUAUGGUGAGGGCUACAAGUAUGCAUACCCAGACUUCAAUAGGGAUGUAACUAGGUGCGACAAUUUGGACGAACUGGUGCAGGCGUCGGGUUUUAGCAAGAAGCAUCCUGGUGACAGAAGAUGGGAAGAGGCUGCAGAGCAAAUGAGAAAAGACCAAAGCGAAAACAUUGAAGAGCAAAUGGACGAUAACGAACUCGAAUCUAUGGACGGGCCUUCUGACUUUUCUGACUACUCUGAUUACUCUGAAGAAGAUGAAGAAGAAGAAGAGUCUGGAGAAGAAGAAGACUUGGAAAAAGAGAACGAGAGAAUAGUGGAAGCUCUUUCAAGCGGAGUCGCCAACUUGAAAGUAGACAGCCUUGGAAAUUAUGUCUUGGAAGAAUAA